UGUGGUGAACCACCUACGUCACCACGUUGUGGUGGGACAACAACACGCCUCCAUCCAAUUUUCUUUGAGCGUAGGUAUCGGUCGUUGUUGUAGAGGAGAGAGAGACUGUAGGUAUAGUUCUGCCUGCUAUGUUUAGGUGUCAAGAUGUCGAGUUAUGAAGUUCUUCGUGAUGGAAUUAUUCACCAUGCCACCAGUGUGCUUUGUAGCAACAAGGGGUCCAUGGCUUCCUCGCAGUUGUACGAGCAGAUCAUGAAGAGCUUUGAUGUGACCCAAGGCGACUUUUGGUUCAUCAUGAAGUGCGCUCGUUUUGAGGUGAAGCGUACCGGGGUGGACGAUGACUCCGUGGUCGUGGCUAAAACCUCUCUACGUUUGUGCAAAGAAUAUUGGAAAGGGACUUGUUACGAGGAAAAGUGUGAGGAAUUGCAUAUUUGCAAAUAUUAUGUUUAUGGGAAUUGCAGAUUCGGGAAAAAUGAGUUCCGAAAACCGUGCAAGCACUCCCACGACCUACGGUGCCCACACAACCAGUCGCUCCUUCGAGACUGCACCCUGCAGGACCUCCCCGAAGAGGACCUCUUCCUCCUGCUUAUGCAGAACGACCCGAGCCUGCUGCCAGAGGUGUGCGUCCACUACAACCGCGGCGGAGUGCCGGACGGGGCGUGCACCUUCAGGGACAGCUGCACCAAGCUGCACCUGUGCCUGCACCACACCCAGGGCCGCUGCCGCUUCGGCGAGCGGUGCCAGCGGCUGCACGCGGUAGACCACCGGGGUCUGAAGCUGCUGCAGGAGAGGGGCCUGCGCGCCGGUGACUUCAUCCGAGACCUGCCCGGCAUCUACCAGAACCGCCACCACCUCCUAGCCGCCGCCGCCGCGCAGCAAGCUAGCGGGGGGGGUAGCGGCCCCCAAGCCCCAACCCAAGAGACUCUGCGCCAGCCUGAAGAGUUCAACGCCAUUCGGGAGAAACGUAAAGCGGCUAAGAUCCGCUACAGAUCAUCUCAUCCAGCUCGCUCCAAGAUGGCGGUAGAUGGCCCUUCCUGCUCAUUAACCAACCCAGCUGAUUCCCAACCUUUCAGUGUUUCCCCACUUGGUAUUUCUGAUCUGAGACAUCAGCUGAGUUCGCCCGUCAUUCAGACAGAUCUGAGGACUUCCAAAGUCAACAUCUGUCUCCACUUCCUCCGCAGAAGAUGCCAAUUUGAAGACCAGUGCAUUCUCGUGCACUUCAACAUGCCCUAUAAGUGGGAGGUGUGGAAGGGCGGAGCCUGGUGUGACCUGAGGCACAUGGAGGAGAUUGAGUUGGCCUACUGCGACCCUGAAGCCAGGAAAAGCCCUGGCUCCAGGCCGGUGGACUUCCUCACCAUGACCCAGGGGAGCAGGUCUCUCCCGGUGCGCCGGCUGUCCACGGUGUCGUCGGUGACCAAGCCCCCCCACUACACCCUGACCACGGAGUGGGUGUGGUACUACCGGGACAACCACAGGAGCUGGGUGGAGUACGGCCAGCCCGACAGCGGACAACGUACCACCUCGGUGACCUCCCGGGACCUGGAGCAGGCUUAUCAGAAGAACCCCUUCAAUAAGGUCCCGAUAAUGAAGGGCUUCCGGAAAUACCUCCUCAGCUUUAAGGACAUGUACCAGUGGAACCAGGCGUUGGACACCAGGAGACCCGUGCGCCGCCGCCCUCGCUUCCUGUCCGCUGCCGGCCUGGCGACACUGACGGCCCGAUAGAGCGAGGGUCUCUCUCUCUCUCUCUCUCUCUCUCUCUCUCUCUCUCUCUCUCUCUCUCUCUCUCUCUCUCUCUCUCUCUCUCUCUCUCUCUCUCUC